AUGGCACGAAGCUGCUGCCCCAGCUUCUACGGCAUCGUCCAGAUAGUCGCCCGCACAGCUGCCUGGAUGACGAGCGUGACGACGCUGGUGAUUCUCGCCUUCAUCAUCAACCAAUGGCCAGACAAGGGCGGCGCUAUUGCCGCCGGCCUCGUUGGCUCCGCCAUCGCCAUCCUCAACGACUCGUGGAUCGUCGUCGCCAACAUCGACCGAGCCCUCGGCUUCCGGCAGCUCUCGCCCGCCCGCGCCCUGCUGCACGACCUCUUCUCCCUCGCCGUCUCGCUCGGCGGCAUCGUCAUGAUCAUCUUCUCGCGCUACUCGUACGCGGCCGACGGCUUUGCCGCCCUCGACAGCGACUCGGCGCCCCAGGUCGCGUCCGGGGUGGGCCAGACGGACGUCAUCAGCCGAGAGGGCUUUUCGCAGGUUCACAUGAUGGCCAUUGCGGUCUGGCUGCUCACUUCUGUUGUUAUAUGCAGAUUCGUCUUCAUCAUCUGGGGUGGCUUCGAGUGCCUCUACGAGUUCAGACAGAUUCAUGCGCAACCCCUCCGGCGGCGAGAACAAGACAUGGCCGAGGUAUAA